AUGGUUGCGAACGCUUGCAAUACAAACAAUGAUAUGAUAGGAUUUAAUGAAGAUGUUAUGAGGUCAUUGGUGGAUGAUGGUAGUGUGGAACAUAAAUGGGAUAGCUAUGACAACACACAUUUCUUAUGUGGUUUUCCAACAGAAGUGGACUUUUGCUUCCAGCAAGGUCAAACAUCUACUGCUCCAAUAACAUACAAAUUGUCUGUUAAAGGACCUAUUGAACUAGCAACUGAAAAUGUACCAAAGCCACUUAUUGGAUUUAUGAGGGAUUGUUGCUUUGCCAUUCAGGUGCGUGCUAAUGGAAUCCCAAUAAUAAGAUUAGAUGACUAUAACUUAGCUGCGGAUGACAGUGAGGAAUAA